AUGGACACCAGCAGCAGUGCUCCAGCCGAGCAGCAGCAGCAGCAGCGUGGUCAAGCCGAGCAGCAGCAGCAGCAGCAGCAGCAUCGGUCCCGGUCCCGGACCCAGUCCCAAUCCCGGUCCCGGUCACAGGCAGCAGCAGUGCACCAGUGGUACAGCCGGCAGCAGCCAGCCAGUCCUCCUGCAGCAGCAGCAGCACCAGCAGUGGUCUACCCAACCAGCCAGCCAGCCAGCCAGCCAGCCAACCAGCCAGCCAGCCAGCCAAGCAGCAGUGGUCCAGCCGAGCAGCAGCAGCAUCAGCAGCGCCCCUGGUCCUGGACCCGAUCCCGGUCCCAGCCCCAGUCCCAGCUAGCAGCAGUGGUCAAGCCGAGCAGCAGCAGCAGCAGCAGCAUCGGUCCCGGUCCCGGACCCAGUCCCAAUCCCGGUCCCGGUCCCAGCCAGCAGCAGUGGUCCAGCCGAGCAGCAGCAGCAGCAGCGGUCCCGGUUCCGGUCCCAGCUAGCACCAGUGGUACAGCCGGCAGCAGCCAGCCAGUCCUCCUGCAGCAGCAGCAGCAGCACCAGCAGUGGUCUAGCCAACCAGCCAGCCAGCCAGCCAGCAGCAGCAGUGGUCCAGCCGAGCAGCAGCAGCAGCAGCGGUCCUGGUCCCAGUCCCAGCCAGCACCAGUGGUACAGCCGGCAGCAGCCAGCCAGUCCUCCUGCAGCAGCAGCAGCACCAGCAGCGGUCUAGCCAUCCAGCCAGCCAGCCAGGCAGCUAGCCAGCCAGCCAGCCCGCGAAGCAGCAGCGAUCCAGCCGAGCAGCACCAGCAGCAGCAUCAGCAGCGGCCCUGGUCCUGGACCCGAUCCCGGUCCUGGCCCCAGUCCCAGCUAGCAGCAGUGGUCAAGCCGAGCAGCAGCAGCAUCGGUCCCGGUCCCAGACCCAGUCCCAAUCCCGGUCCCGGUCACAGGCAGCAGCAGUGGUCCAGCCGAGCAGCAGCAGCAGCAGCGGUCCCGGUCCCAGUCCCAGCCAGCACCAGUGGUACAGCCGGCAGCAGCCAGCCAGUCCUCCUGCAGCAGCAGCAGCACCAGCAGCGCCAGCAGCAGCGGUCCAGCCGCCAGCAGCCAGCCAGUCCUCCUGCUGCACUAGCAGCAGCAGCAGCGGCGGCGGUCUACAGUGGUCCAGCCGAGCAGCACCAGCAGCAGCAUCAGCAGCGGCCCUGGUCCUGGACCCGAUCGCGGUCCCGGCCCCAGUCCCAGCUAGCAGCAGUGGUCAAGCCGAGCAGCAGCAGCAUCGGUCUCGGUCCCGGACCCAGUCCCAAUCCCGGUCCCGGUCACAGGCAGCAGCAAUGGUCCAGCCGAGCAGCAGCAGCAGCAGAAGCAGCAGCGGUCCCGGUCCCGGUCCCGGUCCCAGUCCCAGCCAGCAGCAGUGGUCCAGCCGAGCAGCAGCAGCAGCAGCGGUCCCGGUCCCGGUCCCAGCCAGCACCAGUGGUACAGCCGGCAGCAGCCAGCCAGUCCUCCUGCAGCAGCAGCAGCACCAGCAGCGGUCUAGCCAUCCAGCCAGCCAGCCAGGCAGCUAGCCAGCCAGCCAGCCAGCCCGCAAAGCAGCAGCGGUCGAGUCAAGCAGCACCAGCAGCAGCAUCAGCAGCGGCCCUGGUCCUGGACCCGAUCCCGGUCCCGGCCCCAGUCCCAGCUAGCAGCAGUGGUCAAGCCGAGCAGCAGCAGCAGCAGCAGCAUCGGUCCCGGUCCCGGACCCAGUCCCAAUCCCGGUCCCGGUCACAGGCAGCAGCAGUGGUCCAGCCGAGCAGCAGCAGCAGCAGUGGUCCCGGUCCCGGUCCCAGCCAGCACCAGUGGUACAGCCGGCAGCAGCCAUCCAGUCCUCCUGCAGCAGCAGCAGCACCAGCAGCGGUCUAG